AUGGCGACGACGCCGCAGCCGCCGCCUCCCCCUGCUCCCGCCGCCGCGGCCGGGGCGCACACCGUCUUCGUCUACGGGAGCCUGAUGGCGGACGAGGUGGUCCGCACCAUCCUCAAGCGCGUCCCGCCCGCCGCCCCAGCGCUCCUCCCAAACUACCACCGGUUCAACAUCAAGGGCCGCAUUUACCCGGCGAUCCUGCCCGUUGAAAGCAAGAAAGUUGCUGGGAUGGUUAUGACGGGUGUUACUGAUGAAGAGCUCCAAAUUCUGGAUGCGUUUGAAGAUGUGGAGUACACGAGGACAAGAGUUGAUAUAUCAUUGGCUGACUCUUCAGAUAAAAUGCUGGCUGACGCUUAUGUAUGGAGUGAUGCAGAGGACCCCAAUCUUUAUGGCGAAUGGGAUUUUGAGGAGUGGAAGAAACUGCAUAUGAAGGAUUUCCUUGCGAUGACGAAUGGUUUCAUGCAUGAACUCGAACAGCCUGAAUCCAAGACCAGGGUGGAGACCUACGAGUCAUUCAUGCAACAACAUGAACAGCCUGCGCCAGGGACCCAGGUUGAGGGUUGA